GGUAUUUUCCCCAUGCUGCGCCGACAAUUUGGAAUCGCGAUGAAAUUCAUUGAUAUCGGGGCCAACCUGACGGAUCCCAUGUUCCAGGGCUGCUACGGCGGAUCCCAGAAGCACACGGCCGACCUGGACAUUGUUUUGAAACGUGCGUGGCAGCAGGGUCUGGAGAAGAUCAUCGUCACCGCAGGAUGUCUGAAGGAUGUGGACGAGGCUCUGGAACUGGCCUCCAAGGAUGAUCGCAUCUACACCACCGUGGGCACGCAUCCUACGCGCUGCGAGGAAUUCGUACCGGAUCCGGAGGGCUACUACGACCAACUGAGAUCCAAGAUCCGGGAAAAUCGAUCCAAAGUGCUGGCCAUCGGGGAAUGUGGUCUGGACUACGACCGCCUGCAGUUCUGCGGCCAGGAGACUCAGCGCCUGUACUUCGAGAAGCAGCUGGGCCUGGCAGCCGAGUUCCAACUGCCUCUCUUCCUGCACAUGCGAAACGCUGCCGAGGAUUUCAUGGCCAUCCUGGAAAGAAACCGUGACAAGAUCAAGGAGUGCGGCGGCGGAGUGGUGCACAGUUUCACCGGCACCUUCGAGGAGGCACAGCGCAUCCUGGCCUUUGGUGGACUGUACAUAGGCGUGAAUGGUUGCUCUUUGAAAACGGAGGAGAACAUUCAAGUGGUGCGCCAGUUGCCCAACGAUAGGAUACUACUGGAAACCGACUGUCCAUGGUGUGGGAUCAGACCAUCCCAUGCAGGGCACAAGCAUGUGACCACAAAGUUCGCCACCGUCAAGAAGAAAGAGAAGUGGACGGCCGAAUCCCUGAUAGACGGACGCUGUGAACCCUGCCAGAUUAGUCAAGUUUUGGAGGCCAUAGCUGGAAUCAAACAGGAGCCCAAGGAAAAGCUGGCCGUGCUUUACUACCAAAACACCUUGGACUUGUUCUUCAGAAAAGCUGAAACAAAAUGAAUAAAACCACCUGCAUUUACAUUCAA